AGCCCGGCUGCCGUUCAAAAAGUCGUCACUCCUGAAAUCCUCAUCAACAUUCUAAUGGCAACUCCUGGAUUAGAGGCCUUCUCGGUAUCAGAGACUUUGGAAUCGUCCAUCACCGCGGAAGUGUUGAAGACCUUGUUGUUCACUUGCAGGAAACUCAAAACCUUGGAUUUCUGUGGAUGUUCUAGCAAGCAAUUCGGUAUCGCUCUUGCCGAACUCGCCGAAUCCUUGGGUCGCGUAAAGAUAACUUCGCAUUUUGAUGAUGAAGAUGAAGAAGAGGAUGUCAGGUACUCUUUCCAAACGGUCAAUCGACCUGCUCUACCUCAAUUACAACGUCUCUCCUUGCACGAAUGCCAUACGGUCUCGGAAUACUCCACAAUCAUUACACUGAUCGCCCACGCUCCAAACCUCACUCACCUGGACUUGGGCGGUUGCUCGAUUAGCGAUAUGACAUUGGAAUUCCUGGCCAACAAGACAAACACCACAAGCACCUUGAAACAUCUACUACUGGCCAAGUGUAAGAACUUAUCCUCCGAGAGAAUAGCGAGUUUCGUAUCUCAAUGUCAUCAAUUGGAAACCCUUAAUCUUUAUGGCGAGAGGAACAUUGCCACUGCCAUUAGCGAAUACGAUCUUAACACCAUACUCAACUCUCCAUGCGCCAAAAAAUUGCACACCCUAGACAUUGGUUCUUCCCAG